AUGGACACUUCAGAGCUAGACCAUGAGCUAAAUGAUCGACAGGAGUCUGAUUUUCCUUCUCAUAUAAUGCACGCAGACAUAAUUGCUACAGCCUCUAGAGCCGAAGACGAAAGUGACGUGUCUAAUCUCAUUGAAGACGAGAAUGACGAAACAAAUCAAUGCAGCGAUCGCGACGGCCUGUUAAAAGCGUCGAUUCUUGAAAAAGUUGCCACGGAGAAGCUCUUACGUCGCUUAUUCGACGUAUUUAUUGAUGAUUUAGAUGCUGCAAAAGAUGAUGCGGAUGCUGGUGACUUAUUUGAGGAACUUCCGGAACCAUAUGGUCAAUUGUCAACUUAUCAACGUAUUCAAAUCACCUCAAUUCCGGAAGAAGUUGACAGUGAGACAAAAGAGGUGUGUCAACUUAUACGAAAAUGUAUAAUUUUAAGAAAAAAGUGGAUUACAAUUAAUGAGCCACAAAUGCGACUUGAGUCGACAGAAAAAGUGCAAACUCAUGCCCACGCUGUACAUACUGCAACUCGAUUACGUCAUCGAGAUGAAAUUCCCUAUGAACCAUUUGAAAACAAAGUACCUGCUACAACACGACACUAUUUCGAAAUGGUCAAUGGUGUUGUUUUGGUAUAUGAAGAUAAAGAUGCAAUCGAACCAAUUAGUCGAGUUGGUGACAUGGAGGAAUAUUACAACGACUUGUUUGAAAUCAAACGUAUUAUCAAUUAUGGACCGAUGAAAACACUUGCGUUCAAGCGGCUGCAAGUACUUGAAGCGAGAUUCAAUUUACAUAUGCUCUUGAAUUCAGAACGGGAACUUUUGGCUCAAAAAGCAGUACCUCAUCGUGAUUUUUACAAUGUCAGAAAAGUUGAUACCCAUAUUCACCAUUCAGCGUGUAUGAACCAGAAACAUUUGUUGCGAUUUAUCAAGUCACGACUACGGAACUCACCGGGUGAGAUUGUGAUUUUUCGUGACGGACGCUUUAUGACGUUAAGUGAAGUCUUUAGAUCGUUGAAUCUUACAGGCUAUGAUCUGAGUGUUGAUACACUCGAUAUGCAUGCGAGCAAUACGUUCCACCGCUUUGAUCGGUUCAAUUUGAAGUAUAAUCCUGCUGGACAAAGUCGACUACGUGAGAUUUUUCUUAAGACGGACAACCUGAUUGCUGGCAAGUAUUUGGCUGAAAUUACAAAGGAGGUCAUCUCGGACCUCCAUGCCAGCAAGUAUCAACUUGUAGAGUGGCGUAUCUCUAUUUACGGACGCAAAAAAUCGGAAUGGGACAAGCUGAGUCGCUGGAUGUACGCAAACAAACUUUCGUCCCCGCAUGUGCGAUGGAUGAUUCAGAUUCCGCGACUCUACUUUCUGUACAAAAAGUUGGGUGAGGUGGACAAUUUCCAGCAAAUGCUCGACUACAUCUUCUUGCCACUGUUCGAGGUGACACGGGACCCGUCGAGUAAUUUACCGCUACACUACUUUCUUGAGACCAUGGUGGGCUUCGACUGCGUGGACGAUGAGAGUAAGGCGGAACCUUUCCGAUCUGAGCGUGGUAAAAAGCUACCAAAGCCGCAGGAGUGGAAUUAUGAAGCCAACCCGCCGUACGACUACUGGUGCUACUAUUUGUACGCCAACAUUGCUGCUCUGAAUGAAUUCCGCCGGCGGAAGGGUCUCAACAUUUUUUCAUUGCGACCUCACUCCGGCGAAGCUGGCGACCCCGAGCACUUGGCAGCUGCUUAUCUUACUGCUAAUGGCAUCAAUCACGGCAUCACGCUUCGUAAGGCUGUCGGUCUGCAGUAUCUAUAUUACCUCACCCAAAUUGGCAUUGCCAUGUCACCACUGAGCAACAAUCGCUUGUUCCUUGCCUACCACCGCAAUCCGUUUCCCAUCUACCACGCGCGUGGUUUGAACGUCUCACUUAGUACUGAUGAUCCCGUCAUGCUCCAUUACACAAAGGAUCCACUGCUCGAGGAAUACUCGGUAGCCGUUCAGGUAUGGAAGUUGACAUCCACGGACAUGUGCGAGAUCGCGCGCAACUCAGUAUUGCAGUCGGGUUUUGAGCACAAGUUUAAGGAGCAUUUCCUCGGCCCCCAGUACACACUACCUGGAUCGCGUGGCAACGACAUUCGAAUGUCAAAUGUGCCAGACAUCCGUGUGGACUAUCGCCACGAGACACUCCAAGGCGAGCUAGCGUUCAUUCAAACGUAA